AUGAUAACAACUGAUAUGAAUGCCCUAGCAGCCUCUUCGGCAGCGGCGUUCACAGAUGGUAUAGAGAAAUUAAUGUUCUUUAGUUAUCGAGAAGAGAUGGAACGCAGUACUCUUAGUGAGACCGAUCAUAAGGUUUUGAUCACGCGGUAUAUCAGCCAAGGUGACUAUGAAACUGCAACAUUUUGGAUUGAUAUUUUGUAUGCGAAGAAAAGCGAAGCCUCUUUUAGUCUGUUUGAUUUUGCACAGUACAUUAAGGACCUCACGGUUGUUCAACAAUACAAACGCAUUUCUGAGCUCAUACUGAGUCGUCACCUUGUUAAGAAACAUCUUGUGUUUGCUUAUUACUACAUAAACGCGUUGUACCAUCUUCGGAUGUUUUCAGUGAUAGUACAACUACCAAUCGGAAACCUGAUGCCAUCUGAUGGUCUGCCAGUUCGGUACCCUGAUGUGCAUUGUGGGCUGGAAGACUAUUUGGAUUCUUUGAGCGCGGAUAUAACAGUGAUUGAUUUUAUGCAGUUAAAUAAGAUGGACCGCCAUUGCUUAGUGGCUGAGCAGUUGCUCAAGAAGUACAGACUAGUUCCAACUACAGGUAGUGAUCCGUGCCACAGAUUGACGUUCAAGUUUAUUCAUGAUUUCUCUGUUGAUGUUAUCGUCGAUUUUUUAAAGGACUGUGUACUUUUGCAUGCGAAUUGUCUCCAUUACUUUCAAGAUUGGAAGAAACUCUUUUUGUUAGCCCAUGAACUUGUGCUCUCCUUCCCUGAUCAUCAUUACAGUUGGUACGUAGUUGCUGUCUACUAUUUCACAUGCAAUAACAUAGCUGCUGCCAAGAAUUUUAUAAAUAAAGCUGCUCUUAUGAGACGAGCUUUUGGAGAGGCGUGGAUAGCUUAUGGUCAUAUUUUAGCGACCGAGUGUGAAAACGAACAAGCGCUGAACUGCUAUUAUCGGGCUGCCCGUAUUUUACCCUGGCACUAUGAGCCUAAAAUGUACAUAGGAAUGCAAUAUUGCAGAGUUGGUGUAAGGAUGGCAGAGGACUUCCUCCGUGAAGCGUCCUGCCUUAAAUCGUGUGAUCCAAUUAUAAUGCAUGAACGUGGAUCGUAUUACUAUCGAUAUAAUAAGUUCCGCACAGCUGAGCAGUUUUUUCAUAACGCGCUACUGGCAGUUGUUGGAAAGGGCGAAGUGGGAUUGGAAUAUGCCAACCCCUUCUUGGUUAUGAGCAAGCAAAUCGAUCGUUUCUGGCAGCCCUUGUUAUCAAGUCUUGGCCAUGUGAGCCGAAGGCUGGGCAAAUACAAGGAGUCGAUAGCUUUCCAUAAUAAAGCACUACUAAUGAAUCCUCUGGAUUGGCAUUCCAUGUCCUCUAUGGCCAUGUCAUAUGCGUGCCUUGGAGAAACAAAUAUUGCGACUCGAUAUUUUGCCAAAUCACUUGCACGAGCUCCUUAUGAUGGGGGUUUGUUUCCCUUUGAUGUCACGGAUGAAAUAAUUUUGGUAGUCGUUGUGGUAACUGAUCUGCGUGAGAAAAAUGAAAGAGUAGCAGAUCAGUUGGUUUAUUCAUCAACGAGAACCCCUGUUGUGUAG